AGACUAGACUGGAGGCCUUGAGUAGGAAUAGCUUAGGUUCCAGAACCUCUGGGACUCUCGGAAUCCCAAUGCUGCCACAGUGACCUGUAAUGGAGGUCAAGGAGGGAGGCAGGCCCUGAAUCUUACUCUCCAUCUAUGUCUUCAGCCAAGAAUAUGUUGAUCUGAUAGAGACAACCCAAAACACGAAUGAGGCGGAGCUUCGUGCCAUAGCAGAAGGCUAUGACUCAGUUUAUCUACAUCCGGUAUGGAGAGAACUGUGAGGGCAGCAGGUGGUGGCAAUUCUGGGCUUCUCCAUCCUCAUGGGGCCUGGGGGGUAGGGCUGUGUGGGGAGGAGAGCAACUGAGUGGAGAUGUGUGUUCUCUCCCACUCUACCUGUAUGGCUCCUGGCUAUCUCUGCAGAAUCCAUAUGUCUGUGCCUGCCUGGCCACGGGCUCAAUCCUCACACUGGUAGAUGCCAUGAUGGAAGAGGAGAUCCGGAAUGGCAUGGCCAUCAUCAGGCCUCCUGGAAACCAUCCCCAGCACAGUCGUAUGGAUGAGUGUUGCAUGUUCAACCAUGUAGCCGUGGCUGCCCGCUAUACUCAGCAGAGACAUAACCUCCAGAGGAUCCUUAUCGUGGAUUGGAAUGUACACCAUGGUCAGGGCACCCAGCUCAUCUUUGAUGAGGACCCCAGUGUCCUGUGUAUCUCCAUCCACCACUAUGAACAGAAUCAGGUCUGUCCCCAUCUUAAAGCCUCAAACUGGUCUCCGACAGGAGUUGGUCCAGGUCAGGGAUAUACCAUAAAUGUGCCUUGGAACCAGGUAAGUGUGUGCAAAUCCUUUGCCCCUCUCCCCAAGAGAAUGCUACCUGCCUGUAUGGCGGUAUGUCCCCAUCAUGCCUCUCUGCAGGAGGGAAUGCGAGAUGCUGACUACAUUGCCAUUUUCCUGCGCAUCCUUCUGCCUGUGGCACUCGAGUUCCAGCCCCAGCUGGUACUUAUAGCUACUGGAUUUGAUGCCCUCCAAGGGGACCUCAAGGGUGAGAUGUCCACCACUCCCGCAGGGUUUGCCCAGCUUACCCACCUGCUCAUGGGCUUGGCUGAUGGCAAGCUGAUCCUUUGUCUGGAGGGUGGCUACAACCUGUGUUCUCUGGCUGAGGGUGUUACUGCCUCUCUCCACACCCUUCUGGGAGACCCAUGUCCCAUGCUGGACUCCCCUGGGGCCCCGUGCCCAAGUGCCCAGGCAUCCCUAUUUUGUGCUCUGGAAGCCCUAGAGCCCUUCUGGGAGAUCCUUGCACUGUCAGCUGAGUCCCUGAAAGGGGACCCAGUGGAGAGGGAGAGCCUGGAGAACAGCAAAGCAAAGGCAAAGGCCACAUCACUGGAGCCUCCCAGUGCUCCAGUCCUAUCAUGGCCCACGCUACAGGCCAGGACAGGGCUCAUCUCAGAUCAGCGGAUGAUGCAGCAUUACAACAUCUGGGACAGCCACCACCCAGAAAGGCCUGAGCGCAUCUCGCGUAUAAUGUGUCGCCUAGAAGAGCUGGGCCUGGUAAAGCGCUGCCAGCUUCUGGCUGCACGUCCGGCCACAGAUUAUGAACUACUCAGGUGUCACAGUGUGGAGUACCUGAGCCGUCUACGGGCCACAGAGAAGAUGAAAGGCCGAGAGCUUUACCGGGAAAGCAUCAGCUUUGAUUCCAUCUACAUCUGUUCUAGUACCUUCUCAUGUGCCCAACUAGCUGCGGGUGCUACUUGCCGUUUGGUGGAGGCCGUUCUCUCUGGAGAGGUCUUGAAUGGAAUUGCUGUGGUCCGCCCACCAGGUCACCAUGCCGAAAUGAAUUCUGCAUGCGGUUUUUGUUUUUUCAACACAAUCUCAGUGGCUGCUCGACAUGCCCAGGCUUUCAGUGGACAAAUGCUACGGAUAUUGAUCAUAGACUGGGAUGUUCAUCAUGGUAAUGGAACCCAGCACACAUUCGAGGAGGAUUCCAGUGUAUUGUACAUCUCUUUACACCGCUAUGAUCAUGGAACAUUCUUUCCCGUGGGGGAUGAAGGCAGCAGCAGCAAAGUGGGACGAGGUGAUGGUGCGGGCUACAAUAUCAACGUAGCAUGGAAUGGACCCCGCAUGGGUGACACUGAGUACCUGGCUGCUUGGCAUCGUUUGGUGCUUCCUGUUGCCUAUGAGUUUAACCCAGAGCUCAUCCUUGUGUCUGCUGGUUUUGAUGCUGCCCGGGGUGACCCCCUUGGAGGCUGCCUUGUGACACCCGAGGGCUAUGCCCAUCUCACCCACCUGCUGAUGGGCCUUGCUGGCGGUCGUAUUAUCAUCGUGCUUGAGGGUGGCUAUAAUCUGACGUCCAUCUCAGAGUCCAUGGCAGCCUGCACCCGCACCCUCCUGGGCGACCCACCACCACUGCUGGCUUUAGAUCGCCCUCUAAAAGCAAAUGCCCUGGCCUCCAUCUCCGAGACCAUCCAGGUUCAUCGUAGAUACUGGCGUAGUUUACGUGUCACAAGGAGGGGUGAUAUCAAAAGACUUUGUCCUAAAAGAUACCAUCAGGAAGCGUCCCACUCUGGGUUCCGAGAAGAAAUAAUCAUCCCUGGAGCAGCUGCUCUAGAUGCCGGUGGAGGCGAAUCUACUUCAGUAUCAUCUGUAGAAGAGGCCACUUCGAGUCUGAGUAAGUCAGACAUCAAGACAUCCUUAAUGGUGGGAGCUGAGAACAAGUCCUCAGAGGUGGCUGAACGGCAUACUUCCUGGGAUGACACCAUUCCGGAGAGAGCCAUGGCACAAGCCACACUGGGCAAGAACCCUUCCGCUUCAUGUACUGUCACUACACUGCCACCUUCAUUUGAGCAAGAAGUUAUAUCACCCGGUAUGCCAGCUAGCCCUCUCAAGGCCUUGGGACCAGCCAGUGCAGCUCAGGCCAUACCUGACAUGAAGGCUGUAGAAGAAGAGAGUCCAGUGGAAGGGGCCAUUGGUGGUCAGGAAGUGAAUGAUUCACUGCUAUUUCAGGUGCUUGAAAACCAAGUGGACCUUGAACAGGUCUCAUUUUAUGCCAUAACACCAAUGACCUGGUGUCCCCAUUUGGAGUUGGUCUGCCCUGUACCCAAAGUAGGACUGGAUGUUACUGUACCUUGCCAGGAUUGUGGCACAUACCAGGAGAACUGGGUUUGUUUAUCUUGCUACCAGGUCUACUGUGGCCGCUAUGUUAAUGGCCAUAUGGUGCAACACCAUGAAAUCUCAGGACACCCGCUGGUCCUUAGCUAUGCUGAUCUGUCAGUCUGGUGCUACAUCUGUCAAUCUUAUGUACAUCAUCAGGAUCUCAUGGAGGUGAAGAACAUCGCUCACCAGAAUAAGUUUGGGGUAAACAUGCCCCAUUCACAUUAAGUUCUGAAAUUUGUUCGUCUUCUGAGGCCCGUGAAAUACCAGCCUUAGAUAAACCACAUAACAUGCCCAAUGAGGCUGUUAUUAACUUUAUUCUGUUCUGAACUCUCCAAGACUUAUGAUCCCCACCCUAUUGCCCAGUAUUGAUUUUUGUUGAAACCCUUCAGAGGACUGUGGCCAUCAUCUCAAGAUCUUGCCUCACCUCACUGACUCCUCAGAGAUACUAUCUUCUCUGGUUCUGAAAGAAACAACAUGUCAUCUGAGUGACCCUAAGAGAGGCUUAUAACAUGAUAAUAUAAACGUUGAAAGGUGGGGUCACCAACCGCCUGGUAUGGAGAUGCUGUGUCCAUAAUAAAGUUGAAGGUGUUGUUAAAAAAAACUGGAGAAAUUCUUGGU